AUGCUGCUGGUGCCUGGGCAGUCUGAUAUUAUUUCAACAGUUGAAUUUAAUUACUCUGGUGAUCUUCUUGCAACAGGAGACAAAGGUGGCAGAGUGGUUAUAUUUCAAAGGGAACAAGAGAGCAAAAGCCGUCCUCAUUCCAGGGGAGAAUACAAUGUUUACAGUACCUUUCAGAGUCACGAACCUGAGUUUGACUACUUGAAAAGUCUAGAAAUUGAGGAAAAAAUUAAUAAAAUUAGGUGGUUACCACAACAGAAUGCUGCUCAUUUCCUGCUGUCUACAAAUGAUAAAACUAUUAAAUUAUGGAAAAUAAGUGAAAGGGAUAAAAGAGCCGAAGGUUAUAAUUUAAAAGAUGAAGAUGGAAGACUUAGGGAUCCUUUCAGAAUCACAGCACUACGGGUGCCAAUAUUGAAACCCAUGGACCUAAUGGUAGAAGCAAGUCCCAGAAGGAUAUUUGCAAAUGCACACACUUACCACAUAAACUCUAUUUCAGUAAAUAGUGAUCAUGAAACGUACCUUUCUGCAGACGACCUAAGGAUUAACCUAUGGCAUUUAGAAAUCACAGAUAGAAGUUUUAACAUCGUGGACAUCAAGCCAGCCAACAUGGAGGAGCUGACGGAGGUGAUCACGGCGGCGGAGUUCCACCCGCACCACUGCCACGUGCUGGUGUACAGCAGCAGCAAGGGCACCGUGCGGCUCUGCGACAUGCGCUCCGCCGCGCUCUGCGACCGCCACGCCAAGUUUUUUGAAGAACCUGAAGAUCCUAGCAGCAGGUCGUUUUUUUCAGAAAUAAUUUCAUCGAUCUCUGAUGUCAAAUUCAGCCACAGUGGCCGAUACAUGAUGACCAGAGACUACCUGUCUGUGAAAGUCUGGGACCUCAACAUGGAGAACAGGCCCGUGGAGACAUACCAA